ACUACACAAUAACAUUCAACAAAUAUUUAUUAUUAUUAUUAUAUAUACACACAUAUAUACAUAUAAUAAUAACAAUAAUAAUAAUAUUUGUCUGAAAGUUGAACCCAAAAAAUAAGUGAUAGUAAACAAGCAAACAACACUAUAUUUCUAUCACUGUUGAAUUCGUUAAAUAUAUAUUCUGAGACAAAUGUAUCUCUGGCGAUUGUACGUGUUUGAAAACACUCGAUACUAUAAGCUCUGAUGUCAAGGAUUCCGCAAUGGCAUGUAUUGGUACACAGAAAGGAAUAAGAGUGAUACACAUACACACGAUGUCGUUUGUUAUUUCAGUUUCUAAGAAAAAUUAUUCACUUGAUUGACGGUUUGUUCUUCAAAAAGAUGGUACCUCAAGGGCCACCAACUCCACUAGGUGGCACACACUCUAUUCCAUCUUCGUUGUUGCGGUCAAAUUCAGGUUUGAUAGGCAGUCAAGGGGGAGGUUCCAUGUCUUCUCAGUCUGGCUUUGCAUCCCUUGUUUCCCCACGUACUCAGUUUAAUACGACAAACAUGAUUGGGAAUGUGCCAAAUGUUGCUAACCUUAUACAUCAAUCUUAUGGUAAUGGUGGGCAAAGUUCAGGGAUUUCGGGCCAAAGGGAUGUAAAUGAUGCUGGAGGCGAGUCUGAUCCCUUGUCUCUCAUAAGAAAGGGAAUGGGUUGUAACGUCCCUUCAUCAUCAUUUAAUUCAUCAAAUAUGGUGAACCCAAAUGUGUCGGGUCACAUAUCUGCACAGCAAUUCUCAUCAGGAAACCAAAUGUUGUCGGACCAGCAAUCAGCCCAACAGCUUGAAUCUCAAAACUUUCAGCAAUCCCUUCAAAAUAACCAUCAGCAGCAGCAGCAGCAACAACAACAAUAUCAAAAUAUCCGAGGUGGAUUGGGUGGUGUUGGGCAAGUUAAGGUGGAACCACAGACGACAAACUAUCAGCAAGCUUUGAUGAAUCUUGGCCCAGUGAAAAUGGAGCCACAACAUUCUCAGUCCUUGAGUAAUUUGCCGCCUGUAAAACUGGAGCCCCAACACUCUGAUCAGUCGCUAUUUUUGCAACAACAGCAGCAGCAACAGCAGCAAUUUCUUAACGUGUCCAGGCAAUCCCCUCAGGCAGCAGCUGCCGCACAAAUUAACCUUUUACAGCAACAGAGAUUAUUACAGAUACAUCAGCAGCAGCAGUUAUUGAAAAACAUUCCUCAACAAAGGCCUGCGAUGCAUCCACAGUUUCAACAGCAAAAUAUGGCAUUACGAUCUCCAGCAAAACCUGUGUAUGAACCAGGAAUGUGUGCAAGACGGCUAACGCAUUAUAUGUAUCAGCAACAACAUAGGCCUGAAGACAAUAACAUUGAGUUCUGGAGAAAAUUUGUGGCCGAAUACUUUGCUCCUAAUGCCAAGAAGAAAUGGUGCGUUUCCUUGUAUGGAAGUGGACGCCAUACUACAGGAGUUUUCCCUCAGGACGUAUGGCAUUGUGAAAUAUGCAAUAAGAAGCCAGGCCGUGGAUUUGAGGCCAAUGCUGAAGUUCUGCCCAGGCUUUUCAAAAUUAAAUAUGAAAGUGGUACUCUGGAGGAGCUCUUAUACGUUGAUAUGCCCCGAGAGUAUCAAAAUUCAUCUGGGCAAAUAGUUUUAGACUAUGCAAAAGCCAUACAGGAGAGUGUUUUUGAGCAACUGCGUGUUGUUCGUGAUGGCCAACUAAGGAUAGUUUUUACUCCAGAUUUAAAGAUAUGCUCGUGGGAAUUCUGUGCUCGUCAUCACGAGGAGCUUAUUCCUAGAAGAUUGCUAAUACCACAGAUUAGCCAGCUUGGUAAUGCAGCUCAGAAGUACCAGGCUUCUACUAAUAAUGCUUCAUCAAAUCAAUAUGUACCAGACUUGCAGAGCAAUUGCAAUAUGUUUGUUGCUUCUGCUCGUCAGUUGGCAAAAGCAUUGGAAGUUCCAUUGGUUAAUGAUUUGGGAUAUACAAAAAGAUAUGUUCGGUGCCUUCAGAUAUCAGAAGUGGUUAAUAGUAUGAAAGAUCUUAUAGAUUACAGCCGAGAAAGGAGCAUUGGACCUAUGGAGAGCUUAGCGAAGUUUCCCCGAAGGACAUCUACAACAUCUGGGUUGCAUAGUCAAUCACAACCAUCUAAUCUUCAACAACAAUCACCGCAGCCACAGCAACAACAACAACAGCAGCAACAACAGGAACAACAACAAAACUCCAAUGGCGUGUCUACUGUAAAUAACUCUAACCCACUACCUGUAACUUCCUCCAAUGGUACGAUUGCUGGCCUACUACACCAAAGUUCCAUGAACUCAAGACACCAACAAAGUUCUAUAAAUAUCCCGCAAACAUUACAAAAUGGUCCCUUAGCAAAUAUGCAUUCUGUUAACUCCCCAAAUAUUUCCACUCAAUCUGGUGAUGCGGAUCCCCAAAGCUCCGUUCAGAAAAUACUACAUGAGAUGAUGUCUUCUUCCCAACUUGGAGGAAGUGGCGGUGACAUGAAAAAUGUUGGUAAUUCGGGUUAUUUGCGGAAUGGGCAAUCUGGGAUGAUCAGUGGAAUUCAAGCAGCAAUGAGUCAUAAUUCUUUGAGCAUGAACGGAAGGGUGGCUAUGAAUCAUCAUCAUCAACAGCAGCAGCAGGAUCUUGGAAAUCAGUUGCUUAAUGGGGUAGGUGCUGCAAAUGGAUUUAAUAAUCUCCCAUUUGAUUGGAAAACUUCCCCGUAGAAUAGAAUUAACUCUGUUAUUAUUUUAUGAUGGCGGUGUUGUUGAGUGUUGGCUGUAACGGGUUCAAAGGGAAGCUGGUUAUGCAGUGGGAGUAAGGCUGGAAUCUUGCUUGGGCAUAAUAUAUGAAUAUCAUAGAUACAAAUGAUGGGAACUAUUUAAUGAUGCUUGUGUUGAGUUUCCCACUUGGAGAAAAAGGAGGAAAAUGAACGUAUAGAAUAGAGUGGUGUUUUCUUCCUCGACCUCUUGAUUUUGUUUUCAAUGUUGUCUAUAUUGCUUGUUUUUUUUAAAGUAGGUCUAUAUGCCUAAUCAAUGUGCUGGUCUUUCUCUUUCUCAUGUACAAGUAUGUCAUUUGGAAUGUUGUAGAAUGUAGUGAUUAUCACUUAAAUUAGCAUAUUGAUUUGUGUUCAUGAGCUGGGCAAUACAGGCAGCUCAAGCAAUGGGGUUAAAAGAUCCCUUUGUUGGUUAAAAUGGAAUAUUUUAGAGAACUUUUGAAUACAUUUUUUAGAAUC